CCUAUUCUGGUACAACCUUUAAAUACAAUUAUAAACCUGAAAAUUAGCAUAAUAUGAGCACUUUAAGGUGCCCUGUGGAGUUUUCUUGAAAACAAACAAAAUGUAAAAGUCUGUGGUUUUUCUGAGCCUAACACAUUGUGUGUAUCCCUCAGACCUAACCUUUCUUUCUCAUAAAACACCAAAGCCAAUGUUUUGAGAAAAGAAAUUAAAAACAACCAUGUUUUCUAGCUUGCUGCUAAUUUCUUUUUUUUUUUUUUUUUUUUAGUCAACACAUUGUUGUGCUUCUGUGCUCGUUAUGGCUACCUACUGUUCCAUGACUGGAAUGGCAUGAAACUGACGGCAAUAUGUCACCUAAAUGCUUGCGUGCGUGCAUGUGCAUCCUUGUGCACGAUAUAAAUAAAACAGUGACCCACUGGUCAAAACAUUGCUCAGUAGUGCUAAUAGUGUUCAAAAACUCCACAUGAUACCUUUAAAUAAGUCCAUCUUUAGAAAAUAUAAAAAUUUGCUUAACAUAAUUAUGCUCUUAUAUUCACAUUUAUUGCUGAGAAAUAAUAAUUUCUGCUAAAACUGUGAAAUAAAACAUUUUCCCAGUGGAAGCCUGUUGGUGAGUGUAACUGUUCAAAAAGUAUAGAGCAUCUUAUUUUUCUAUGAGCAGCCGAGAGCUGCUCCUUCACAGCAGUAAGUAAGAAGAAUGAUAUAUAUUUAUGAUAGUAAGCACUUACGGCAUUGUUUUUGCUUCAGGGUUACGAGACGCUCAACAGACAGAGCUGAGGAGCCGAACAAAAGCAGGGGCCGUCCCAAUUAGCAGUUGGCAGUAGAUUAACAGGGUAGUGAUGUCAAAGCUUCUCCACAGUUGUGCACAGAUAGGGCCUCCAUUCAAGUCUACAGAAUACCAUUUGCAUAUCGAUGAUACAGAGGAGAAAAAGGGGCCGAUGUGUCUGACACACAGCUGGGAUCUGCUUGAAUGAAAGAAAUAUUAUUCCCCCUCAGCCAGCGGGUACUCUUUCCACAUCUGUCCGAUGGCCAUACGACUGAUUAUUUUGGGCAUUCCAAUUCAAGAUGCCCCCAGGAGGCAAGAGUCCAACAAGGGCCUCUGUUUCCUCCAAGCGUCCCCCACCCUCCCCGCUCUUGUUUUUCACUUGCUCUCCUGGAGGGAAUGGGGCCCUCUGUAGAACUAAACAGACCAUCUACAAAAGAUCAUCUCUGAGACUUCAGUCAUAAACUUCUAAAUUAACAACACACUCCAUCUUCUGUCUAUCAGUGGGGGGGUGGGAGUUCAUGGUAAAGGCAAUCGGCGCACCACUAGGCCUUGUUUCCAUGGAGGCAUACCCGAGGACUCGUUGCGACUGAGGCAUGCCAUUCUUCUUCCCGCUGCUAAAAUGUGCUGCUUAUUCUGACUGAGCUAUUGUGGAGCGCACAAGUGGCUCUCUUAGGAGAAGGGGAUGGGGAAAGAAAGGGUGGGGUCAAGGUUCAGACAAAACGCUCCCAUUGGGACUCCCUUUCUGUUAUCAAAUUUGUUGAGACACAAAAAGAGCUACAGUCUCAUUCCUAAGCACAUCUUGAGGGAGAGAAAAGGGAGUUCUAGGACAGCAUUCUUUGUGUCGGAGCUUCAGUUCUUCCCGAGCGCGCCGGUCGGGCUCCCAGUCUUCACUCGGCUCCUGCCCUCAUUGUUCAGCAGCUCAAUUGUUUCUCAAGCAGCAAACCUUUUCUUCAAGAAGUCCACUCUCUGCAAAGCCCUAAAGCUCAGUCACCAAAAUGGAAUCUGCUACAAUGGAGAUGCCCUCUGUGCUGUCUAAUGGGUCAUCAGAGAGCUGUGCAGCAGUGGAUACAACAGUUGAGAACACACUGUUUGGAUGCUUCUACAUCCUGGUUUUCUUUCUGGCGCUGAACGGUAACAGCCUUGCUCUCUGGAUCUUCUCUCACCAGCGUGGCGCUUCCUCUCCAGCUAACGUCUUCUUGAUUCAUCUGGCCGUGGCAGACUUAUCCUAUGUGAUCAUCCUUCCGCUGAGGGCCACCUACCACCUCACUGGAGGCCACUGGCCCUUUGGCGAGGUGCCCUGCAGGGUGGCGGGCUUUUUGUUUUAUGUCAACAUGUAUGCCAGCCUAUACUUCCUGGCCUGCGUGGCGGGGGAUCGCUACCUGGCUGUGGUUCAUGCUGUGAGGUCGCUAAAGGUUCGUCGUGGUCGCUACGCUCACAUCAUCAGCUUCUCUCUAUGGGCCCUGGUUACCAUCUCCAUGGCGCCACUGCUUAUCACCCACCAGACUGCGGAUGUGGACGGUGUGACAGUGUGUCUGCAGCUGUACAGAGAGAAGGCCUCGCGCAAUGCACUGAUCUCACUGGCUGUGGCCUUUACCCCACCUUUCCUAGCCACCCUGGCCUGUUACCUGCUCAUCAUUUACAGCCUGCAUCGGGGCUCCAGGUUAGAGCCGACCCUCAAGCUGAGGGCCCUGCGCACCAUUGGUCUGGUCAUGCUUAUAUAUGUUGUCUGUUUCCUGCCUUAUCAUGUGAGCAGGGCCACUUUCAUCCUGGGCUACAGCCAUCCUGACGUCUCCUGCCAGACACGCAGAGGCCUGAGCCUGGCCAACCGCCUCACCUCCUCCCUCACCUGCCUGAACGGCGCCAUGGACCCGCUGAUCUACCUGUUUGGAGCGGAGAAGUUCCGCGGCACUCUAAUGCGAUUGUUUUGCAAAGAUCAGGCGAGGCUGUCAGGAGCCACCAGCGGAGAGUUAAAGGGAACACACGAGAGCUCUGUGAGUGCCAAGUCUGAGUUUUGAGGAAGAGAAAUUUGAUCUGGAGCGCUGUUUGAUAUAGAUGCAUUUCCAACACACAACUAAAAUUGAUCUGACUAUUAAUUGACUGUUGCCUUUGCCAGACUGAAGAUGGCUCAUUCCACAAUGUGGGUGAUGUGCCACUGUAGCCCCCAUAGCUUGAAUUUUAGGCCCAGUUCCAGUGUCCACCCUACGCCCCUUUCACCCUCACAUACAUUAACUGACAUCACCUGUGUGUGUGUGCAGGAGAGUGCAAGGACUCCAAACACCAUAGGAGGACUGGGACAGCAUUUUGUGAACUCACGUUAUCUGGACAGGGGCAUCCUGUUCAUAUUCAUUCAUACGUGAUGUAAUUAAUUGAUGAGAAAGUAGUUUCCUCCCUGUUUAAAAGCAAAAUGAUACCUUUGGACCAAAUCAACAUAUUUGAAAGUCACUAUCACACUAUUAUAAGACAAAUAAUUAGUGAGUGUAUACCAUAGAUACAAAACAUCAUUUAUUUCUAUGGUAUAUAUUUCCAGGAAGAUUCCUUCCUGCCAACUUCUUCCAUGUUUUGCUUAUGUUCCCUUUUUAUGCUUCAAAAAUUCCACUGUCAUCUCUGUCGAUUAUCCACAAAUGGGGGUUCCUCCAUGCAAAAUCUGUAGAGUUACAUAAAGUCAUCAGAGAACCGUCAACCACUAUCCCCCCUCCUUCAAAGUCUGUGAGACUAGGAGGCUCCAGUCGCCUGUGACCUCCACAACGAGGAAGUUGUGGAGUCUACUGUUUCAUCGGUGUCAAACACCGAUGUUCAAAUAUUUACAUUUUAUUUACAUACGUUUGAUUUAAACUUUUAAUGUAUAUUUCCUGUCAUUAUUUUGUAUCCUACGCCAAAUGUAAUAAAUACUUUUUUAUUCAAGGUGUUUUUAGCCAUGCUAGCAGCUCUGGCAAUGUCGGUCGGUCUGCUGGUCGGUCCACCCCUUUGUACAGAUUAAAAUAUCUCAACAACUACUGGAUGGAUUGCCAAAAAAAAGUACAGAUAUCCAUGAUUACUGGAGGAUGAAUUGGAAUUACUUUAGUGACUUUUUCUGUUACUAGCAGGUCUUUGGUUUAUGACCAGUUACUCGCAAAAUGUGUGUUAAGUGCUAAUUAGCUAAUUAGCUAGUUUGCAGAUGGUUGUGGAUGGUAUAUAACUGCCUAAUGCUCAAAAUAUAAGCUGAUUGUAUUGGUGUAAUGAUACAUGUUUUUUAGCCAAUAAGCUAACAGAAUGGCGGUAUGGUCUGUCUUUGGUCCAGACUGAAAUAUCUCUUGGUACCAACAUGUUCCCCUCAGAAUAACUGAGUUGUAAUUGUAUGACCAAUAGGCUACCUGCAAAACCAAUGACAUUACUAUCAGCCUCAGCUGUACAUUGCUAAUUAGCAAAUAUUAGCAUGACAAUGGUAAGCAUCAUUCCUGCUAAACAUCAGCAUGUUAACAUUGUUGUUGUGAGCAUUUAAGCAUCCUGAUGUUAGCAUUUAGCUCAAAGCACCAGAGAGCUGCUAGCAUGGCUGUAUUCUUGAUCUUGUUUUAAUAUAAGUUCAGCCACUUACAAAUGUAUUUACAUGACAUUUAUCAUGUUUACUUUGCUUUUGCUAGACAAAUCUUCAUUGUACAUAUAUACUUCAUUAUCUAGCUCCUUAACUAUCUAUGCAUUCGUUGUUUUGUCCACAUUAUUUUUAUGCUAUUGCACUAUUGCAUGACAAACUAUUAAUCCUAUUUUACUGUGAGUCAGUUUAGCUUGAUGUCAUCUGCAGAAGAAGUGAUGUUUCAGACAGAAACACAUGAUUCACACAGAUUAGUAAAAUGUGAGUUUUAAAUGUAAUUUGUGACUUCAAAUUGUAAAUAAUAACGUAGUAAAGAUGAUCUCACAUCCUCUGUGCGUGAGAUGAUGUCUUGUCUAAACUGCCAUUGCAUAUCUGAGACUUUGUGAAAGUGGGAAACCUAUUUAUACAAACCUUGAAACUUAUUUCAAGCGCAGGACAGAAACCUCCGAGGCUGCAGUGACUUGUCACAGUGUAGUUCUCUUUUUGUAUCAUGUGACCCAUGUUGUGGUUUGUGAGCAGCUUUUUUUUCCUCCUCUUAUUUCUGCAAGACUUCCUGUCCAUCACAUGAACAUGGCAAACCAUUCUUGUAUUUCCUGAAUGUAUAUAUUUUCAAUAAACCUCUAGCUCUCCUGA